AUGGAGGACAAACUAAAGGCAAUAGAAGGUCCUGAUACCUUUGGGUUAGAUGUUGCCGAUAUGUGCCUAGUGCAAGGUGUGAAGAUUCCUCCAAAGUUCAAGGUUCCAAACUUUGAAAAGUAUCAAGGGAUCACAUGUCCUAAGACUCACAUCCGAGCAUUUUGCAGAAAGAUGGUUGCUUACUCUGACGAUGAAAAACUCUUAAUGCACUUUUUCCAGGAUAGUCUUAUUGGGGCUUUUCUGGAAUGGUAUAUGCAGCUUGAGCACACACAUAUACGAACCUGGAGGGAACUUGCUGAAGCCUUCCUAAAGCAUUAUCAGUAUAAUUCAGACAUGGCUCCCAAUCGUACUCAACUCCAAAGCCUUGCUCAGAAGCCAGACGAAUCAUUCAAAGAAUACGCCCAACGGUGGAGAGACCCAGCUGCUAGGGUCCAACCCCCUCAUCUUGAAAGAGAAUUAAUAGACAUGUUCAUGAACACCCUUCAAGGGUCAUACCUUGAUAGGAUGAUUGGAAGCACUACCUCAGGAUUCUCAAACCUGGUCACUGCUGGCGAACGAAUUGAGAACAGCAUAAAAAUCGGCAAGAUACAAGAUUCAGCAUCUGCGGCUAGUGGAGCAAAGAAAUCCCAUUCUGGAUUCCCCAAAAAAAAGGAAGGGGAGGCCAAUGCUGCCAUGAUAACCAAAAGAGAAGCUGGAGCCUACCAAAUUCCAUACUAUCCGGUGGCAGCAGUAGCACCUAAUCCGUAUCAGUAG